CAGAGCACAAAGGGAGGGGGCUGUGGAAACACUGUGAGCCCUGACAUCUCUCAGAUUAGGUAUGUCUUCCCCUGAAAAGGAAAACAAAAAUGCUACAUUUCAAAUCCAUUCUCUACUGUGUCAGGGACCAAGACACCUGAUCUCAGUUCUUAUCUUUCUGAUACCCUGACACCAUCCUGACUGGUGGCCGCCUCUUCUGGAACUGAAUCCUGCCACCGGAAGAAUUCAGAUGAUAUAUUUGGAUGAUACACCCCUUCUUGCUGUGUCUUCCUUAGCCCUUUUCUGUCCCUCUUCUCCAUCCUUUCCAGAGACUCUGGGCUGAAACUCAUCCUUUGAAAAGGCUUUUGACCUCAAUAUGAAGUUUAUCCUCUUCUGGGCUCUCUUGAACCUGACUGUUGCCCUGGCUUUUGAUCCAGAUUACCUAACUGACAUCACUCCUCCAUACCUGGUCUACUUGAAAUCUGAUUACUUGCCCUGUGCUGGAGUUCUGGUUCACCCCUUAUGGGUGAUCACAGCUGCACACUGCAACUUACCAAAGCUUCAGGUUAUAUUGGGGAUUACAAAUCCAUCAAACUAUGAUGAGAAAGAUAUACAAGUAGUUGGCUAUGAGAAGAUGAUUCAUCAUCCACACUUCUCAGUCACUUCUAUUGAAUACGACCUGAUGUUAAUCAAGCUGAGAGAAAACAUUGAACUCAAUGACUAUGUGAAACUGGUCAGCCUGCCUGAGGAACCUGCCCCUGAAGAAGCCAUGUGCAUGGUCUCCACGUGGGCCUACAACCUAUGUGAUGCCUCCAAGGAUCCUGACUCACUGCAGAACGUGAACAUCUCCAUAAUCUCCAGGCGUGAGUGCCACAAUGCCUAUAAAACCUACAAGAUCCAGGAAGGUAUGCUGUGUUUAGGCAUUGUGCCAGGAAGGAGGCUGUCCUGCAAGGAAGUCACAGCUGCCCCAGCAGUCUGCAAUGGGGUCCUUCAAGGAAUAUUGGCUUUUGCAGAUGGAUGUGUUUUGAGAGCUGAUGUUGGCAUCUAUACCAAAAUCUUUAACUACAUGUCCUGGAUUAGAAACACAAUCAAAAACAACUGAGCUCCCAUGGCAGGAAUUCUGAUCAUGUGGCACAGCCUGUCCCUGUGUCCAGCCUCACAAUUAAACCUUGAGUAGAUGCCCUGGAUUUCAUCAGGCAUGCCUGUCUCA